AUGUCGCCAGCUAACAGUGCCAGUAUGACAACACAUGGCCCGGAAGUGACGUCAGAAUCUGAAGAUACCGACCCAAGAUCAGCAUCACAGCAAUUCUUGUCAUCGGAAGCUAACAGUGCCAGUAUGACAACACAUGGCCCGGAAGUGACGUCAGAAUCUGAAGAUACCGACCCAAGAUCAGCAUCACAGCAAUUCUUGUCAUCGGAAGCUAACAGUGCCAGUAUGACAACACAUGGCCCGGAAGUGACGUCAGAAUCUGAAGAUACCGACCCAACAUCAGCAUCACAGCAAUUCUUGUCAUCGGAAGCUAACAGUGCCAGUAUGACAACACAUGGCCCGGAAGUGACGUCAGAAUCUGAAGAUACCGACCCAACAUCAGUAUCACAGCAAUUCUUGUCAUCGGAAGAUACAAGAAGCGAAGCUGUCACAACUCAGGCAACAACCUGCGGCAACUGCAGUUGCAAUGCGCUCCGGUCAAACAUCUCACAAAUACCAUUGAAAGAGUUGCUGGAAAUCAUGAAAGACACCAAGAAGGCCUUGACCGUUGAUAAGCUUACGCUGUCUUCAUUCGUACGGAGAAAGAUAAGUGCCGGGGACGACCGGGCAUCCGCUACAGUCAUGGGUUAUGUCGGGGCGAUCAUGAUUGCGUUGAUAGCUCUAGUGAUUGUCGUGAGUGAUCUGCUGUCACUGAACAGGCAUCUUUUACAGCUUAGAAAGCGAAAUAAAGUAAAUGGCAAGUUUUGAUAAAAGAAAAGGGAACUCGUUCGAUCAACAACAAUCAUCAAGCUCGUGGACUGGGAAAAAAAGGAUUUAUCUGUUGUUAAAGACGCACAUUGUAAGGAACUAGACACGCGAGAAAAUGCUGACACAGCAGAGAAUACCGACACGUAUUUUCUUUUCUGGUGCGUAUUCUGAAUUUGCACUUACCUAGAAAAUUGAUGUUAACACUUUAGUCUGGCGUGCAGGAAUACCUCGGUGACAGUGAGUGCGGUCUGGCCCCGAUUCGGCACUAAUCAUUAUAAACUAUAAUACAAAUGUAAAUUUAUAAAACCAAUGUUAAGUAUCCAAAGAGUAUUUCUGAUAAUUCUACUGGGUCAAAACAUCUGAUCCCGACUUCAUGGUCAGGACCAAGGGGCACUGCAGUCAUACAGCAAAAUUCAAUACUUUUUACUGCAAAACAAAAACUUUUUGAAAUACUAGACAGAAUGAAUUCAACAAACACUGAUUCUAAGAGGUAUACCAAAGUUGCUCAAAUUGCUAAGAUCUCUACUGUUUUGGGUUCAGAUGUAAACUGAUUUACCAAGGAAAGACGUACUUUUCAACUAGGGUCAUCUACGAGCGAAUCAUUGAGAGCAAAAACCGAUUGGUUCUUAAAUUAGGUGAACAGCGCUUCUAAAAGGCCAUCAACUGUUUCAGACAACCUACGCGAUAAUUGGGAAUUCAACGGCUCUCGUAGAAAACACAUAUAUAUUGGUUCAGAUCAUUAUCAAUAAGAUUAAGUGAGAAUACGCAUGAUGAACAAAACAAUCAGAGGUUUCGACAGAGGAUAAUAUCAUUUCGAAUUCAAUAUCCAUGCGCGACGAGUUCGAUGUUACUUGCUAUGCUCAUGGUUCCGUUGUCACACCCUUAUUCUCAUUUUGAGGAUGUAACUCAAUCCCAAUUUGUAUGACAGAUGUCGUUGAUGAUGUUGAAGCAGGAAACACUUAUUCUCCAGAACAACUGAUAUUUUCCCCUUCUAUGCUUUCAAGGCUUUCCGUCAAUAUGCUUUUGUUUGUAUAAUUGUAUUUUGCCUUGUUUAAUCCAUUAAAAGUUAAGUUUCGUUAUGAAUUCAGUAACCUCUAAUAUUAUUGUAUGCGAAUGGAUAGUCUUGUAUCACAGCCCGUUUUGAAUUGUUUAUUGUUUAUACAUUAUGAUUGUUUAACGUCCAAUGAACAGCUAACGUCGUUUAAUGACGGCCUCCUUUGUCUAACAUGCCUGUGUGUGGUGAGUGCGUUUGUGUAUUGGGAGGCUGCGGCAAAAAAGGAAGUUGUUCAAAAAAGGGCAAAGAUAAUAUCCCAAAUUCAACCGCUUCUUACGCUCAUGCAUUGGGUAUACUUCUUACGCCCUACCUGCAGGAUAGGUAUUGGAUUGUAUGUGUAACGUUUCGGUGCCGGCACCUAGUCAACUUUAUGAAUGACCAUUGACGCGCAUUUUCACAGAGAUGUAAAGCACACUUCCGGAAUUUCCCUUCGAUUUUCUUAUCCAGCUCUCCUUAACAUUCGUCCCCAUAUGACUCUGACUAACGAAAACUUCGUGAAAAGCUCUGAUGUAAAACGGUAAAAUCAAUAUUAGCUAAGGUAACAUAUAAAAUAAGGUUAUAAUUAGUAAAGUUCAUUUUAAUUCCUGACACGUGUGUGUCAUCUAACUCGAAUUGUUUAGUCCGUCCAGAAGAAAUAAGAAAUAUUGAUCGCUUUGCGUAAUUUGUAUACAAGUGUGACCCAUACCCAUGUCGAUUUGUGUCUCUCGUGAAGCCGAGAAGAAACUGUCCCUAGCUGUUCGUGGAACGAUACAACCAACAAACAAACAAACAAGUUGCUUCAUCAUAAUUCAUCGACGGUAUGCAAGGCAAGCCAAGUUUUCAUUAAUUCAUGUAGCACUUUUGAUGACGUAUCAGCAGGGAAUAGACUCGGGGUUACAUUAUUGUAUCAAAUAAACAUUGACGAAAUACUGACAAUAGUAUGCAAUCGAAGCUAAUUAAUUAAACAGUUUCUCGUUUGGUUAUGGCGUCACAUAGCGAUGGGAAUAAACAUUUGCUCCCUCUAUUUCACAACAAAGAAAUAUUAGCAACGUCAAGGUUAAGAGCAUUGUGUGCUAAAAAUGCAAACAAACAAACAAAAUGUUUUUAAUGCAGACGCAGAAGCCAAAUUGAUUCACCUUUUUAUUGUAGAAUGACUUGUAGCAGUAAGUUUGUUUUUUUUGUUUUUUUUUUAUUUAUUUAUUUUUUUUGUUUUGUUAUGUCUUGAUUAUUUUCUGAAAAUAUACCCCGAUUAAAACCGAAUUCAAGAUGGAUGCCUGUCAGCCAUCUUGUUUUUUUUACCACUACAAAAUAUAAUGUUCCUACGAAGUACCAUUGGGAUCCUACAUUUGGAAUUAAAAAAAAUAUCCCCUCGGGGGAGAGUCAGCCCACAAGAUAAGAAAAAAAUGCUGCGAAAUGUCCUUUUGCAACAAAACAUUUGAAAAGUACAUCAACGCAAAAGGCACAUUUGUCAAGGAGUAAAUUCAGUUUAUCGAAGCUAUCUAGUGCAGCCGGAGAUUCAAAUGUCAGUAAUAUUUUGUGUUAUUCCACUAAAUGUACACAAACUGGUCGCACAAACUAGUUUAGCAUUGUAUUCGGUGUUUUACACACCUGUAUGGAUAUGACUCCAUAAUUCUCCGUCUGAGCGUGUUAAAUCGUAGAUAAACCUUAAACGCUGAAGGAAUUGACAGUUACUGUUAACUUGUAUUCCACUGUCAUGUUACAUUCCUGUCAUUAGAUAUGUCCUAUCCAAUGCCUAAUUGACAAGUGAUUCACAGAGAAACACUACGGUAUCUGGGUUCUGUCAAGCAUAUUGCAUAUAAAUCGAAUGUCAAUACUACAGUUCAGUGAUCACAACAUAGAAACAUUAAUUAAUGAUGACUUUACUAUUUCAACAAGAAUGUACAUUUUUUUAAAGUUGGUCAAUAUAGAUCAUGUCGGCAAAGGCAACUUAUUUCCUGCAUUGAUCAUCUUGUUGCAUUUGUAUUGCAGGGACAAAUGCUAUUUUUUUGCAGUCAGUAAAUACAAAGUUAAUUCCAUUAUGACCAUUGUGACUUAACCGCAAAAUACAAAACCAGUAUUGCUAGACAUAUACGAAAUAUAAAUAAUUCAAUAAAUAAAUAAAUAGAUAAAUAAAUAAGUCAUUCAAAGUCUCCUUCAGUGAAUUCAGUGAUGGCGGCCCUUCAUAGCCACAUAAAUAUAAUAUGUCAACCAUUGUCUGAUUUCGGACGCCGACAUUGAUUUAUUCUUUUACGGUCCACACAUAAUUUGUACGAUCAACAAGAUCUACACUUGUUCAAUGGAAACUUAAUUGAUAGCCCGUUUUGUACGUGUGGACAUUUUGAAGACAACUUUCAUUUCCUCUUUCAUGUGUGAAAAAUAUAAAAAUCAAAUAGAACAGUUCAUUUUUAACCUAGAUAUGGACUUAAACACCGAUAUACUGUUAUCAGGACAUAGAGACUUAUCUGACGAAGAAAAUGAAACAAUUGUUGCUGCGGUGCAGAAUUUCAUUCUUUACUCUAAAAGAUUUGAUUAAAAGGAAUAUGAAUAGAUAUCAUAGUUAACCCCCAGUUACAAACCAAAUUGAAGCUAUGAAUGUGAUAGUUAUGUAUCAAUGUAAAAUUUUCAAAUAACUCUCAACAAAUUUUCGUUAUAUAUGUUCCACCAAUGUUCUUUAACUGAAAUUUCAUUCCUUGAAUGUACAUCUUAUGUUUUAAUACAUCAUCAUUUAUAUAACUACCUAUAUAUGAAUUGUAAAAAUAUUAAGCAGUGUUGUGACUUGACCACUAUGCUAUAUAAAAUUUGUCUGACCUCUUGAGGGAGAUGGAUUGAUAUAAGCUUUAAGCUUGUUUCCAGGUGCUUUUGCAAAUUAUGAUCUGUUAUUUUGUAUAUU